AACAGCAAGACGACGAAGAAGGAGAGCAAAGAUGGCGGCGUCCCUGCUCAGGUUAGGUCGACUUGGCACUCUCAAGUGUCUCCUGCGUGACAGCUGGGGCACGCAGAGGACCGCUUUUGUUGCAGCACUCUGUACUAAAGCAGAUAUCCCACCCAAAACAGCAAAGAAGGCAAAGGCUGCAAGUAAGACCCUAGAGGCAGACGAGAGGGCCUCUCUUCUAGCUUAUAAGCCCACAGUUGCCUUCCCUUCUAAGCUGUCUGCCACAGGUGAGUCUGAGUCUAGUGUGCACAUUGUGACAACUAAGACUGUGGUAGCUGCAGCUGCAUCUUUAGAACAGCCAACUCCAGCAUCCCAAUCCGUGACUGAAGACACUACCUCAGAGGAGCUGACCAAGGAAACAGAAAAUGCCACUCCAGCAGCAGAAACCGCUGAGACCAUUUCCACUGCUGAUGCUGAUGAGACGACAACUGAUGUAGCUCAGACAGCAGCUGCUGAAGUUGCUGAAGAAGAUACAAAGGUCACUGAUGUCCUAUUUACUGAUCAAGUCACCACAGCAAGUGAAGGAAGUAAGGCUGAUGUUGAGGCAGAUGUUCAGAAAGAUCAAAAGGAUACCUCCUCAUCAUCCAGUGAUUCUGAUUCUGAUUCUGAUUCAGACUCUGAUUCUGAUGAUGAGAAAUCUGAGGUAAAACCAAAGACUGAAACAGUCAUCCAGUCUGGAGAGAAAGCAGUAGAGGAAAAGAAAGCUCCUGUUCAGGAAACUGAAGGAGUAGAUAUUGAUGAAAAGAAAUCAGAACCUGAAUUGGUCAUUGCACCUAGUGCCUCAUUUGGAGAGAAAGAAGAAAAUGCUGAAGCUGUGAUUAAAGCAAUGCCUGAAGAAGUGCCUUCCCCAAGGGUUGAAGCAGUUGGCUCGGAGGAGACCCUUAUUGACCCUGCCCCUAUAUUGUCCUCCACAACUGAAGCAAUUCCUGAAGUUACUAGUGAAUCAAUCACAGUUGUGACCCCUGAUGAGUUAGUGGACACUGCAGCAGAAGUUAAAGCAGCUCCUACAGAGGAGAUUCUUGUUGAAAAGGAAGCAGAAAUUCUGUCUGAGGCUACACCAGUUGUCGAAGGCGCUGUUGAAGUUGUCCCAGUGGUCACAGCUGAGGCCAGCCCUGAAGAAAUUGCAGACUCUGCUGUUGAAGCUAGUCAGGGAGUAGCUGCUGAGCCUCCAACAGAUGUUGUCUCUGAGGUGGUCUCUGAAGUUGCAGCUAAAUCUGAGGCUGCAUUGGAGACAAUAACCAAAGCUGCUGUUGAAGCUGGAACGGAGGUAGCCCCAUCUGAAGAGCUGCAGGACCCUGCUCCUGUGACUGAUGCUGUAGAGGCCCUAGCCAAGACCGAAGUUGAGGAAACAUUUGAGGAACAAGCCCCAGCGAAAGCCCCGGAGCCAGAGCCGGAGCCUGAACCCUUUGACAACACCACUUACAAGAACCUGCAGCACCACCACUACAACAUGUACACCUUUGCUGAUAUGGAUGUAGAGAUGUCUAAACACCGUUUGCCCCAGCCUUCCUCGAGCAGACCCUAACCCAGGCACUAAUCCAUCAUAGCAUGGCCUGCAGUCUUGCUACCUUUGUCUACAUCCUGUGUCUUUCCCAUGUUACUUUGGUCUUCAACAAUUCCUAGGUUUACUCUAGAAUUCUGUUAUUUUGGAAUUAAAAUAUACAAUUUAACUUAA